CAAGCAUCUACCAUUUCUUUUCCGGCGACGGUACCUUCUUGCUUCGGCAACGUGGAUUGCGGUGUAUUCAGCAUUACUAGUUGAAAUUUAUUUCGUCUUUUAUUGCAUAAAGUGUGAUAUUUUAGUAAAAUGACGGAAACUCUGCAGAUGAAAGGUGCUCUUCGGGGCCAUAGUGAUUGGGUUACACAAAUUGCAACCAAUCCUAAGUAUCCUGAUAUGAUAGUUUCUUCUUCCAGAGACAAAUCUAUAAUUGUUUGGAAAUUGACUCGUGACGAAGCCAACUAUGGAAUUCCCCAAAAACGACUUCAUGGCCAUUCCCACUUCGUGAGCGAUGUUGUGUUGUCAUCAGAUGGCAACUACGCACUUUCUGGAUCUUGGGACAAGACUCUGAGACUGUGGGAUUUAGCUGUGGGAAAAACCACUAGGAGGUUUGAAGACCACACAAAGGAUGUGCUGAGUGUGGCGUUCUCAGUGGAUAACCGUCAGAUUGUCUCCGGCAGUCGAGACAAGACCAUCAAACUUUGGAACACCCUUGCUGAAUGCAAAUAUACCAUUCAGGAUGAUGGCCACAGCGAUUGGGUAUCUUGUGUACGCUUCUCGCCCAACCAUGCCAACCCCAUCAUUGUUUCCGCUGGCUGGGACAAAGUUGUCAAGGUGUGGAAUCUGACCAACUGUAAGCUGAAGAUCAACCACUACGGUCACACCGGGUACCUCAAUUGCGUCACAGUGUCCCCAGAUGGUUCUCUCUGUGCCUCCGGUGGAAAGGACUGCAAAGCAAUGCUGUGGGAUCUGAAUGACGGGAAACAUCUUCACACUCUGGACCACAGCGAUAUCAUCACAAAUCUUUGCUUCAGUCCCAACCGUUACUGGCUGUGCGCUGCGUAUGGUCCUCACAUCAAGAUUUGGGAUCUUGAGAGCAAAGACAUGGUGGAAGAGCUGAAGCCUGAUUUUACAUCGUCCCAGACAUCUAAGGCUGAGCCACCACAGUGCCUGUCUCUAGCAUGGUCGACAGAUGGCCAGACUCUGUUUGCUGGAUACUCUGACAAUAUCAUCAGAGUAUGGCAAGUCUCUGUGUCUGCUCGAUAAAAUCUUGUUCAAUAAAACUUUGAAGCGUU